AUGAAUAGCACAGCAGAUUCCAAUAACUCUCCACAAGUGGGUGGAUUUGGAUAUGCAAUUGGAUUCUCCACAGCUAUCUUUGCCCUUCUUUUUACAAUAACCCUCACAAUCUGCUUCUGCAGUACCCGCAUCAACUCUCCAUCGCAACAUGCAACCACUCCUACCUCCACUGAGCAAGAAUCGGUGGCCAUGGAACAAGGCCUUGACGAGGAGAUUCUGAGCAGCUACCCCAAACUCCUUUAUUCACAAGCAAAGCUUUAUAAAGUUGACUCGUUAUCAUCAGCUUCUAGUUGCUCCAUAUGUUUAGGUGAGUAUAAGGAUACAGAUAUGCUACGUUUGUUGCCUGAUUGUGGUCAUAGUUUUCACCUACAGUGCGUUGAUUCCUGGCUGAGGCUACAUCCUACUUGCCCGAUUUGUCGAAACUCUCCGGUCCCAACUCCGCUUGCUACUCCCCUGGCAGAGGUCACGCCGUUGGCGAUGCUCAGGGUGUGAUCAAAUCUAAGGUUUCCUUUAGUAAAUA